UGGCAAAUAAAUAAUUUAUCAACAAAUCAUCAUUAAAAUUUGUUGCAACAAAAAUAUUAAUAUUUUGCAUUAUUUUAGUGUAAUUAAAGUGUUUUCCAGUUAAAUAAUUGCAUAAAAAUGGGAGAUCAAUUUGAUUGCGCCCUGGAUUUGAUGAGGCGGUUGCCUCCUCAGCAAAUCGAGAAAAAUCUGAGUGACCUCAUCGAUCUGGUGCCCAGUUUGUGCGAGGAUCUCUUAUCUUCGGUCGAUCAGCCUUUGAAAAUCGCCAAAGACAAGGAAACUGGCAAGGAUUACGUUUUGUGCGACUACAAUCGAGAUGGUGACUCGUACAGAUCUCCUUGGUCCAACACCUACUACCCCCCACUGGACGACGGUCAGAUGCCUUCAGAAAGACUACGCAAGUUAGAACUGGACGCCAACCACGCCUUCGACCAAUACAGAGAAAUGUACUUUGAAGGAGGCGUGAGCUCAGUCUACUUUUGGGACUUGGAUCACGGAUUUGCUGGUGUAAUUCUGAUUAAAAAAAUCGGGGAUGGUUCUAGAAAAAUCAAAGGUUGCUGGGACUCUUUACAUGUGGUUGAGGUGCAAGAGAAAAGCUCGGGCAGGAACUCGCACUACAAAAUGACUUCCACUGCCAUGCUGUGGCUGCAAACCAAUGAAACAGGUUCAGGCACUAUGAAUUUGGGUGGCAGCUUGACCAGGCAAAUCGAACAGGAUUCUGCUGUCAAUGAGAAUAAUCCUCAUAUUGCUAAUAUUGGCAGGAUGGUUGAAGAUAUGGAGAAUAAAAUAAGAAAUACGCUCAAUGAGAUUUAUUUUAGCAAAACUAAGGACAUUGUUAAUAGUUUAAGAUCGGUCCAGCCUUUAACUGAGAGUAGACAAAAGGAAAUUUUAAAGCAAGACUUGGCUGCAGCUUUACAAAAAAGGCACAACAAGUCGGAUAAUUGAUGUUUGCAGAUAUAUGAAAUUAAUUACGGAGAGGAGUUAUAAUAAUCUAUGCGAAGUUUUUAUUUUAUUUAUUUUUAGGUAGAUAACAUAAUAUUUAUUGGUGCUAGUUUUCGGAAUGAAGGAAAACUAUUAUUUGUAUAUAAGGCACUUGUAAUGGAAAAUGAACAUUUUAGCAUUUUUUUUUUCUAAUGGUCUUAUUGCUUGUUUUUGAACUUUCUUAGAGAUAUGUUUCAAGUAAGCUCAAAAAAUCCAAUUUUUAUAUAUAAAGUAUUAUUUAAUAUAAGGUUUAUUGAAUAGGUACUUAGUUACAAAAUAUCAAUU